GCACGCAGGAUGGGGGGAGGGAGCGCACGACGUGCGCGCGCCCUCUCCCUCCUCCACCGCUGCCGCCUCCUUCUUCUGCCGCUCCUGGUGCUGCUUGUGUGCUCGUUCGGUGCGGACCUGGUACCUCUUUUGUGAAGCGGCAGCUGAGGAGACUCCGGCGCUCGCCAUGGCCGACGAAAAGCCCAAGGAAGGAGUCAAGACUGAGAACAACGAUCAUAUUAAUUUGAAGGUGGCGGGGCAGGAUGGUUCUGUGGUGCAGUUUAAGAUUAAGAGGCAUACACCACUUAGUAAACUAAUGAAAGCCUAUUGUGAACGACAGGGUUUGUCAAUGAGGCAGAUCAGAUUCCGAUUUGACGGGCAGCCAAUCAAUGAAACAGACACACCUGCACAGUUGGAAAUGGAGGAUGAAGAUACAAUUGAUGUGUUCCAGCAGCAGACAGGAGGUGUCUACUAAAAAGGGAACCUGCUACUUUACUCCAGAAUUCUGUUCCUCCAGACCAAGAAGACAUUCUCAAUUAGAAAACCGCAAUUUGGUUCCACCACAUCCUGACUACUACAGUAUAGUUUCUCUAUUCUUUCAUUUUCCCCUUCCCCAUUCCUUUAUUGUACAUAAAGUAACUGGUGUAUGUGCACAAGCAUAUUGCAUUUUUUUUUUUUAACUAAAUGGCCAACGGUAUGUUUUGAUCGACAUCAAAUGGAGAUGGAAUGGGGAAAAAUUUUGGUUCUGUGAAGAUACCCCCUUUUCUCCAUUAGUGGCAUGCUCAUCCGCUCUUAUCUUUAUAUUCCAGUAAGUUAUUUUGCUCUCACUGUUUAACAAAAAAAGAACAACAUAAAAAUUCUUGCAUACCUUGUUUGAUUGGACAAUUUUAAUGUUUUUCAUUUAUCAUUGUAAAACCAAGGACAAUUUUAUAACUUUUUUGUACGUAGCUGUUACAUGUAGGGCAAUCUGUCUUUAAGUAGGGAUAAAUUACUCUAAAAGAAAUGAAUCCUAGAUAGUUUUCCCUUCAAGUCAAGCGUCUUGUUGUUUAAAUAAACUUCUUGUUUAAAAUGA